CCAAACGUCACCGACGGAGAAGCGGCGGGACCAAACAUCUGACGAAAGGAGGAAACGAGAAAAAACAGGCGGAUGAAUCCAGUUGAGGCGCUUUCUCAUUACGCGUACUUGUAUGUAGUCGUGGACUCGUGAGACGUCAUCAGCCGCUGCCUAAGUACUGGUCCCAUUAUAAACCCGACCCGUUUUGUUGUUGUUCCAAUUGCGGAAAUGACCGUUCCACAUUUUUUGUAUUUUACCUAGUCGAGCAUUUUUUGUUGAAUCUACUGCCUGUGAUUUACCCACAGAACGAGGAAGUUAAUGUUGCCCAUUUUUAAUCUCCCAAUUCCUUUGAGGACAUUUUACGCAAAGCUGAAUCUCUGCGCGCUGAAUCCGAAAAUGGAGCCUGUCUCACGUUUGCUUUAACGUCCACCAAGCAUGAAUGUUUCUGCAGAGUGGAACCACACAUGGACCCGAUGGACUGGCUGGAGAACCACGAACUCUUGCGGUUUUUCCGCCGUCAUAAAACCGAAAUGUCUUGCAUGGAGAAGCCGCACACGUUCCUCCGCCAGCUCAGGGAUCACGACCUGGUCCCUGAGGACCGAUACAAGAAGGUGAGCUGCAUGAGGAGUAAAGACAACAUGAGGGAUGGUCUCUAUGAAAUUCUGGACUGGUUUGAGACAGAGCGAUCACAGAAGGUCAGAGAGUUCUGGAGCUGCGUGUUCAAGGACUCCAUCCUGAACCAGUAUCCCACGCUGCGACUGCUGCGCAACAGCCUCAUGGACGGGUCUUUCCAUUUUGACAUAUCAGAGAAGGUGGGGAAGGAAGAGUCAGACAAAGAGAAACGGAAGGCCCUCUCAGAUAGUGAGAAGGAAGAGGAGGAAGAGGAGGAGCAAGAAAAGUCUGUGACCAAGAAGAGAAAACUAGGAAGUAGGAGCGUGUGUCGCAACGACAACGAGGAGGAGCCGGCCGGUCCAUCGUCUCAGUUGACUCCCAGGAAAAGGUCCAAGAAAUUAUGCUUCUCCACUCCACGGAAGAAGGGCAAGGAGAACAACAUUUGGAGCUGGCCCUUCUUUAAGCUCCAGCUGCCUGUGACCUGUGGAGACCGUAAGGGCACACUGGACAGACAAAGACUGGCUAAAGGGGAAAGGUGCAUCGUAGUCGAGAAACGGUGGUUCAGUCCCCCUGAAUUUGAAAUUUUUGCGGGGAAGAAGAGUUCCAGGAAAUGGAAGUCAAGCAUUCAAUGUAUGGAAACCCCGCUGGAAAAACUUAUACAGGAAGGUCAUUUACAAGCAGCAAAGUACAAAAGAGACCCUAAAAAAGCCAAGAAGUCACUGUUCCCAUCUGGUGAUGUAACCAUAGUGUCCAGCGGAGAUGAAGAGGAAGAGGAGGACCGAGACCUGGACGAGCUAGACAGGGUUUCGUCAAGCAGCAAAGAAAGUUCCCCAGCUGUCCCAGACGAGGAAAGAGAGGAACGGGCUGAGCAGCAGCCACAAGCCAGCCAUGACAAGAGGAUGUUCAAAGUCACAUGUGGAGCUUCAGACGGGACCUUCUAUAAGAAUCGAUUUGUGUCAGGGACUCGUGGGAAGAGUAUUCGCACUGAGACGAGCUGGAUGACCCCGGUGGAGUUCCUGGAGUUGGCACUUGGUCGGAAGGAUGCCUCUUGGAAGAAAGACAUUGAAUGUGAAGGGAAGCCACUCUUUGUCCUCAUAAAGGCGGAGACCCUGACGAUCCACUCUCUGCUGUGUAAUUGCAACCUGUGCAAACCAGAUGACGAAGACCAGAGGAAUCAGAAAAACGAUGAUGAGUGUUGCAUCUGUAGGAGGGAGGGAGACCUGGUGAUGUGUGAUAACUGCCCUCGCUCCUUCCACAAGAAAUGUCACCUGCCUCAUGUAGAGAACGGCCUUCUACGGGACAACAGUCCGUGGUUUUGUACGUUCUGCGUAUUCCGAUCCAAUGAACACUAUUUUGGUUCGGAGGAGCUGGAAAGCGCUCUGUCGUACAACAUAUCCCAACGCAUGUUGCAGUGUCAGUGUCUCCUUCUGUGUCUGUGGAGUGCUGAUGAGGAACAAAUAUUUGCUGCAAACCCAUGCCGCUAUUUGAACAACUACUCCAAAGUGAUCGAGACUCCGAUGUGGUUCGGUCACAUAGCAGGAAAACUCCAGCAGAAACUCUACCAGACCGUUGGAGAGUUUGUGACUGACGUCCGGCUCAUUUUCUCCAACUGUGCUUUGUACAACCGGAAAAAUGCUGAAGUUCUCGUCAUUGGCAAGAGACUGAAGGAGUUAUUUGACAGAAAAUUUAAGAGUGUGUUCAACAUCAAGCGGAAAGGUUUGGAAUAUUCAAACAUGCCUGUGCUAUAUCACAGUAAUAAGGUACAAGAGACUGUACUUUAUCAUCCAAUAAUCUAACAGUUCGGGAGCGUUAUUAGGCCCGACACAGAGCAGAGGGCCGGCAACCCUCAUCCCCCAUCAUUAUUGAAGAUAAAGUACGGCCUCAAGUACCUUUAUUGCUUUUAUAAUACGGUUGCCAGCAAAAUUAUAAAUAGUAAGUAAAUAGCGGCCUUUCAGUAUAAAAUAGUAUCAGCCACCAAACGUUGUGUAUCUCAUGUCAGUAGUCUCUAGAGAACAACUAGUCCCUGUACGUGCAUGCAAACAGCAUCGGGUCCCCCACCAUCUCAUUCAUUCACAUCGCUGAUGACGUCCACCUUCAUUGUCCGGUUGCGAAAGCUCGCAUUGCCCCAAACCGACCAUUUGUGGGAUUUCCGGGUCUUAUUUCGCCGAUCGCCACCGAGCUAAAAGCUAAAAUGUCAGCUAACGGUCGCGCAAAAGCUGACCGGUUACUUUGAGUGCGCAGUGAUACGGAACGCUCGGGUCGGGUAUAUAUAUUGUAUGUGGUUGAAAUAUCCCAAAAAUACAUUCUGGAAAGAAAAAGCUUCAUUAACCAAAAUGUUUAACAGCAUAUGUUUAAAACAACAAAAAUGGACCACCAAUUUUAAAACGGGGGCAUUUUAUCUCUGCAUACUAGGGGUGUAACGAUUCAUUUUAACAACGAUUCGGCAACCACAAAUCACGAUUCAUGGUUGCUGAUUCGAUUCAUUGACGAUCUGGGUUAAUUUAGA